GGCUUAAAAAAGUAUUUCAUUUAGUGAUUUUAAAAACUUAAGUUAAAUAAAAUUGCUGUCAGUGAAAUGUGAAACAAUAUUUGUGAAUUAAAAUAAAAUUAAGUUUAAAAGCUCUUCGCUAGUUUCAGGAGUAACGACGCCAAGAUGACUUGUUUCAAAAUUAAAAGAUCUUCAGAAUGUGAAAGGCUAAACAAAGGUGAUAAUGUUCAUCAGCUACCAGCUUGGCUUAGUUUGCCGGUUGCUAUAAUUUUUGCUCUUCUCUUCUAUGGAGUUUAUGAAGCUUAUGUUUCCCUUCCGAAGCCUGUAACGUUAGAAAAUGAGGCGAGCCAUCCAGGAUCAUUUGUCGCAGAACGGGCAGAAGUCUUCUUGAAAGAAUUAGUUGCCCUCGGACCUCGUAUCGUCGGAGGAAGAACCAAUGAAGUUCUUGCUCGAGAUUUAAUUCAUAAUGCUCUAAAUAAAACUGCAUCGGAAGCCAAUCCAGCACAUAAAAUAGAAAUAGAUAUCCAAGUCACUUCAGGACAAUACAAUUUAGGAUACAAGCCAUUUGGACUGGCCACCGUGUACAGGAAAAUGCAGAAUGUGAUAGCCCGAGUAACACCAGCGCAGGGCAAAGAACCAGACCACGCGUUACUGAUCAAUUGUCAUUUCGACAGUGUGCAGGCCGGUCCUGGUGCGACCGACGAUGCCCUUAACUGCGCCGUUAUGUUGGAGGCACUGAGGGUUAUUACAUCGACCAACAAGACUUUUAAGCAUGCCUUAGUUUUCCUAUUUAACGGUGCUGAAGAAAAUGGACUUCAAGCCAGUCAUGGGUUUAUUACGCAACACAAAUGGGCAAAGAAUAUCCGAGCUUUUAUUAAUUUGGAAGGUGCUGGUUCAGGUGGUAAAGAAAUUAUGUUUCAAGCAGGACCAGAACAUCCUUGGCUCUUAGAUCACUAUGCCGAUUUUGCACCGCAUCCAUAUGCUCAAGCAAUUGCCGAAGAAUUAUUUCAAUCUGGGUUGAUUCCAUCGGACACAGAUUUUAGAAUUUUUAGAGAUUUCGGUCAUAUACCGGGUGUCGAUUUUGCACAUGCCAGCAACGGUUAUGUUUACCACACCAAAUAUGACAGUAUAGAUCUUAUAAAACUGGGAACUUACCAGCAUACAGGAGACAACUUAGUCGCAAUGUUGAAUGACUUAGGAAAUGCUGAAGAAAUUAAGGAUACUGCGGCUCAUGCUGAGGGAGAAAUGGUAUUUUAUGACGUUCUCGGAUUAUUCAUGGUUACUUAUACUGAAAUAACAGGAACAAUACUGAACGUUUUCGUUGCAGCCUGUACACUCAUAACAAUCGCGUUAUUAUUAAACUCUAUGGCUAAUGAUGAAGGAUUGUGUAUAGGUUCUAUGAGUAAAGAAUUCGGCAUAUCAAUUUUGACUCAGGUGGGAGGUUGGCUUGCUGCCCUAGUCACGAGUGCUUCGAUUGCCUGUAUUUUAGACAUGUGUGGAAGGCCAUUAUCUUGGUAUUCUAGGCCUUGGUUGAUUACAGGAAUUUACGUUUUGCCUACUUUUAUUGUCUUGGCAUUUGCUUCGAUGGCCCUACUACGAUUUAAGAAGAGAAGACUGACAUUUGGGCAUUUUGUGCAGUUGCAGAUGCAUUGUUUGUGUGUUAUGCUGCUUUUCAUAUUAUUAGCAUUAACGGCAGCUUCCGUACGAUCAGCCUAUUUACUUUUGGUCGUCGUUUUGUUUUACGAACUAUCAGCAGCUUUUAAUUUACUCACUGGCUUCCAGAACAAAGGACAAAAAUGGUUAUUUGCUCAUCUAAUUUUCCAAUUACCUGCACUCACCUUUGUUUUGUACCUUGCAUUAACGGGUUUGGGAGUUCUGGUCCCCAUAACUGGUCGCAGCGGUCCUGAACAUAAUCCUGAUCUUCUGAUUGGAAUUCUUUCCACGUUUUUGAGCCUGGUCAUGGGUGGUUUUAUUGUGCCCUUAAUUUGUUUAUUGCGAAGAUCAGUGCUAACGAUAUUUGUUGGGCUGGCAAUAGUUGGAGCAUUUUUCAUUAUGAUUGCUACGCCUUUAGGUUUUCCAUAUGAUAAUUCACCUGACAUGCCAACACCGCAAAGAUAUUGGGUUUUUCAUUCUACAAGAAAACUCCAUAACGAAGACGGUACUUUAAGAGCAAACGAAUCUGGAGUGUUUAUGUUGCCCAUGGACAGAAAUAGUCCUGGUUUUAUUAAAUCGGAAGUUCCCUGGAUGAAAGAUGCCAUUCCAGUCGGAGAGUGGUGCAAAAACGAACUAUUUUGUGGACUGCCUUUUUACACAUCUAGAAUGCAUAAACAAAGCAAUUAUAGCCAUUGGGUUCCUAUGGAAAGUCCAUUAAUUGAAACAAACGAUAUUGCAAAGUUAGUUCUCAUAAACAAGACGGCUAUUAAUGAUGGAAGGACACGUUAUCAUUUUUCAAUAGAAGGACCAUCACAUAUGGGUGUCUUCAUAUCUCCAUACGACAAUGUCAAUGUAGUUGCUUGGGACGUGACUGAAGAGAACCCAAAUUCAGGCCCGAUGUGGGGUAACCGACCCACGUAUUUUAUUUAUUAUAGUUAUGGAACCCAAAAGACUGAUCUGUCUUUCACUAUUGAUGUUGAGCAUCCAGUCCAAAUGUCAGGUGCCAAAAUAGACAUUGCGUUGACAAGUCACCUAAUGCACUUAGAUGUGCACAAGUCUAAAGAAUUCAGCGAUUAUCUGAAAUCUUUUCCCACAUGGACACAUGUAUCUUCAUGGAUCUCUACUAUCGAAUCAUUUAAAUAUUAAGUUUUAUAUAUUGCA